GCGGGAAGUUGUCACUUGUAGAAUGAGUUGGCACACACGCCGGAAGUAGAUUAGUGUGGCGUGGGAUCAGUGUGCAGCAAGAGUUUUGACACUUUCCCGCAGGCCUUUCAGUGAAUAUUUCUGCUUUUACCUCAAAUUCUACUUACAGGUAAAUCAUGAGUCUUCAGUGGACUGCUGUGGCAACGUUUCUGUAUGCUGAGGUGUUUGCGGUUCUACUUCUGUGUGUCCCCUUCAUCUCCCCAAAACGAUGGAGCAGAUUUUUCAAGUCUAGACUGGUCGCUGUCAUCACAACGUAUGGAAACACUGCCUUCAUCGUCAUCAUUUGUAUUCUUGUCUUUCUGCUCAUAGAUGCAUUUAGAGAAGUGAGAAAAUACAGUGUGACAGAGAAAGUGGAUCUGAGCAACAACCCCGUGGCCAUUGAGCACAUGCACAUGAAGCUCUUCAGAGCCCAGAGGAACGAGUACAUCGCCGGCUUUGCCCUGCUCCUGUGUUUGCUGCUGAGACGUCUGGCAACUCUGCUGUCUCAGCAGGCUACACUGAUGGCCUCUAAUGAAGCCUUUAAAAAGCAGGCAGAGGGAGCAAAUGAUGCUGCAAAGAAGUACAUGGAGGAAAAUGAGAAACUGCAGGAGAAACUGCGGGACGCGGGCGUCGAAGUGCCUGAAGUGGGUGGAAAGGCCAAGGGUGGCUUAGAGGAGGAUAAGAAAAAUCUGACAGAAGAGGUCCGGAAACUGAAGGAUGAACUCGACGCAACAAAGAAAGCUCUUCAGAAGUCAGACAGCGAUGUGAAGGCCAUGAAGAAGCAGGCUGAGAGCCUCACAGCAGAGUACGACCGUCUGCUGGAGGAGCACGGCAGACUGCAGGCCAAAUGUGACGCUCAACAGGACAAGAAGUCAGACUGAACGAAAACCAUCAUGCACCUGCUCUCUUUCCUGCAUCCUCAUUGGCUGAUAGCAGCUCAGCUGGGCAGCGCAUCACUUCUCUGGCUGUGUAAGAACAGGGUUCCGUUCUUCAUGCAUGCGCUUUCAAACAUGUGGUGUUUUAAGUAUUUCGGUUAUAAAAUAUCAGUUUAGAAUUGAACGAGUAUUAACAAUUCUUGAUGUGUCAUGUUUGUUAUGUCGGAUACAUUGAGCCUAAUCCAUGAAACACAAGCAGGGUGAAUUUCUGUGGACAAAUCAUUCUUACUUAAAGUAAUAGUUCAUCCAAAAAUAUAAAUUAGAUGGAAAAUUUACUCAUUAUCAAGCCAUUCAAGACUAGUUUGUUUCUUCAUCGGAACAUAUCUGAAGUAAGUUGUUAUUAUUAAAAAUGUCUCAAGAUGUUAAUUGAUGGCUCUCAUUCUGACGGCACCCAUUCACUGCAGAGGAACCACAGAUAAACAAGUGAACGGCCUGAGGGAGAAUACACUUUCAGAUGUUUAAUUCUUUUAAAAAGCCACAUUGAAUUUAAUGCAUCAAUUUACAGAAGCAUGAUAAAAAAAAAAAAAAAGUUUGCACAGAUUCAUUCAGCUUGUGAUUCAUAAAUGAGUCCCUUUGUUUAUAUGGAAGGAUCAAGAAAAACUACAGGAUAUUCUAGAUGAGAUGCUUUUGAUUGGAUUUCAACUGAACUGCUUUAAUUUUCUUGCCUUAUAAGAGAAACCUUAAAAAUGUCCUUAUGAAAAUGGAGAUUUGGUUGCAGUACAGAUGCAUGUCUUUGUUAAUUUUAGGUCUUUGAUUUAAAGAACACACGUCACUUAACACCCAGUAAGCACUUAAGACAGAAAAUCCCUCCAGUUUAUGAUCGACAAGCCUCAUUUGUCAGUUUGACUGUCAUGCUAUAGGAAGAUAUUUUGGUUUUAUUAUGUCUUGGGUGUGGCACAGCCUCCUUUUUUCAGUUCUAUUGUAGAGCAGAGCGAGUAAACUGCUUCUUUCCAGUCCUGUCUGGUUUGAGGCCACACAAUCUGAUAGGAGCGCUGCAGGGCUGUUACAUUGGGUAAGAAUGCUGCUUUGGCAGGAACAGUAAAGCAUCCGCAGCUGAUAUUGUGUUUCAAAACACAGCACACUGUAUCUCUCGCCCUCUAGGUAUUGAAAUGAUAUUCAUGUUGCAUUUGAGGGCCACGUGUUAGUUUUGCAUUAACCACGCAGAUAACAUUUAACAUAACUUAAGGUCACCGGGGUGAACGCCGUUCACUUAAUGUCACUCUUGCCGUUUUUCAGUUUUUGUGCUCUGGGUUUCUUCGCUUCUUUUCUGGCAUGUGUAAAUAAAUAUCUUUGUGACCUUAGAGCAGUGCAUCUGGAAUGACAUCAUAGCCGUGUUAAAAUAGGGAUUAACGAUCGCACAGUUUUGGGAUCCUAGGGGAAAGGGCAUUGGGAUCACUGCCACAUUGUCGGAUAAUACAUAGUCAAGACCUCCUGGAAGGUUACUGUUCGUGAGAAUGUGAGGAAUGACAUCUGCUGCCAGGACUCUAGUUUACUAUUUCACGCGCUCAAUGAUGGGUUAGAUUAGUGACAUUUUAACCAGAGCACCAGUUCAAUGAAAAUGUCAGUGGAUUCCUGGAGAUGGCAGGAGUUCAGUUUAAUUAAUAGAUGGGCGGUCAUUUCAUAUUGUGUAAUUUUCAGACCCGUAAAUAAACAAGUGAACUGUGUAGUACUGUUAAAGGGGCUCUUUCUUCAUAGGUGUUCCCAAAUGUAGCAGCGGCUUUGUUACGUCAGGUUUUUUCUUUGUGUUCUUGGAGAGAAACGUGCAUUGAGAUGUUGGCAAUGUUGGAAUAAACAAUACUUGGGCGUUGUGGAACAUGUUUUGAUUGCGUAGGUGUGUGAAUGCACGGUUCUUAUAGUUAGUGCUGUUGUCUGCCUCAAAUGUCUUCAGGAAGGUUUUGUUUGAAAUGACGUCAGUCUGCAUUACUUCACUACAAAAUCUGUGUUAUGUGUUCUGAUGAUGUGCUUUAGUUGGGAUGUUGUGAAACCAAACCAAUAAAUUCUACUUCAUUUAUCUUGA